AUGGGAAUGUGUGCUGCCUAAAAAUAGUAAAAAACAACUAAUGAUGGUGAUCUAUAAAAGGUUGUUGCAUAAGUUCGUCUUUCUUAAGAUUGUGAGUCAAUUUUGAAACAAAGAGCAAGUCAAUCAUCCCAUUUAAAUCCGUUUAAAAACCCGAUAUUAAGUAGAAGAUUAAAAGAAAUUCCAGUUUCGUCAUAACCUAUAACUCAAAGUGAUUGA